UCAUCUUGGUUUUUGUUUUGCUUUUUAACUGGCACGUCAUUGCCGGUGGUGAAGUCAAACGAUGUCCGUGUGGUAGUUCUUCUGUAUUUUGUACCAAGUUGUAACUCUCGAGGGACAGUUUGUCACCCGUAAUAUUUUUCACGAUGGUUUUGUUGACAAUGAUUGCGAGGGUGUCUGAUGGUUUGCCCUUGUCAGCUUCUGUUCAAGAUGAGCAGCAGUUGAAACCAAGCACCACAGAUUACCAAAACCAAGCCAAAAGACUUUUCAAGACACUAAAUGAUCAGUCCCUCGAAAAGGCAACGAUUGAGACUGGACCUUACAACUUCCACUAUCUCAUUGAAAAGGGAGUCUGUUACCUGGUGCUCACAGAGAAGUCUUUCUCGAAGAGACUGGCAUUCUCUUUCCUUGAAGACAUUCAGGGGGAAUUUAACUCCCAGUACGGGUCAAAAGUAGCAACAGUAAAUAGACCUUACGGGUGCAUAGAGUUUGACAACUACAUCCAGAAGACAAAGAAGAAUUACAUGGAUUCCAGAGCUCGAAGAAACCUUUCCAACUUGAACUCUGAGCUCCAGGAUGUGCAAUGGAUAAUGGUGCAGAAUAUUGACGAUGUCCUUCAAAGAGGAUCUGUAAUCUCAGAGUUGGACAGCAAAGCGAGUAACCUGUCUCUUCUAUCCCAGAAGUACAAGAAGGAUGCCAGAUACCUCAACUUGAGGUCAACAUAUGCAAAGUUGGCAGCUGUAGCUGUAAUUGUGUUUGUAGGUUUCCUGUACUUCUACAUAUUUUGAAGACCUUCCAUUAGUGACGCUGGUUCUGCACGAGCAUUACAGCCUUUGGUUACGGACUGCAGCAUUUUACUGGACUGUACCAUAACCUGUAAAUAUGGUUUCUAUUAAAAUAUGCUUUUGUAUAUCUA